GUCACGGGGUGGGCGGGGAAUGUCGGUGUCCGUUGUCAUUCGGGCUCGGUCGCUGGCGAGACCCAUGGUUCCGGUUGGAAUCAUUCUGUUUCCAGGUCUGAGUGACGGCGGAGGGGCUCCGAGCCGGGGACAGAUCGGCGUCGGUGUUUAAGACUUGUGUUUUCCCGGAAGGCGUUAUGAAUUUGCCGAACCCCGCCAGGUUGGACCCAGGCGAUACGUGCUCAGUGCCAGCUAUUUUAAAGGAGGAAUGUGUGUACACCAGCUGUUACUGUGAAGAAAAUGUAUGGAAGCUGUGUGAAAAUAUAAAGAACAAAAGGCAGCAUUCUUUGGAAGAAUGGUAUGCUAUCUUCAUUUCAAAUGAUCAAAAGAUGGUGCCUAUAUGGAGGCAGAGAUCUUGCCAUGAAGAUCAGCCUGUAAUCUGGGAUUACCAUGUCAUCCUGCUCCACGAUUGUGGAGGGCAACACUGUGAGGUCUAUGAUUUGGAUUCAACAUUACCGUUUCCUUGUUCUUUUGAUACUUAUGUGAAAGAAGCCUUUCGAUCUGAAGAACUCAUCAGGCCGGUUUUUAGACGGAAAAUGAGAGUAAUCCGAGCAGAUCUGUUCCUAAAGACAUUUGCUUCAGAUCGGUCACAUAUGAAGGAUGCUCAUGGAAUGUGGCGCAUGGCUCCUCCACCGUAUCCAUGUAUUCAAACUGCGGAGGCAAAAAUGAACUUGGAUGACUUCAUCAGUAUGAAUCUUGCUGUCGGAUGGGGCGAUGUUUAUACCUUCACAGAAUUUGUGCAACAGUUUGGAAGUACAAAGCAAUGAUAUUUGGAAUAACAAAAAAUAUAUAUCAGUAGUUCCAGUCUUAACCCUUGGUCUGCAGGGUUUGGAGGAAAUGUAAUAAGAGAGCUUUUAAUCAAUUCGGCAGGAAGUAUUUUGGGUAUUGAACAAAAACAGGCAUUUAAAAAAAUGUCUCAGAGGCAGCAGGAAUACAGCAGUUUAUAAAAAUCUACUUCAAGCGAUAACCAUUGGAAAUGUGAUUUGUAAAGAAGCCCUCAAAUUACAAAUAUUCCUGAAUGAACUCUUAAGUGCUAAAUGAAGAUGUGGUGAUAAGCUGGUUCCUACAUUCAUUUACUAUACCUUUGCACAUUGAACCAAGUACUGACUGUUCCUUAGUGCAAUGGUAUCACAAGGAAAGGACCAAUUCUGUCUGUUCUGUGUGGAAACCUCGUCUUGUUAUUGCACAGUGUUAAAUAACUCAAUAAAGUGUCAUCUUUUAACAC